GCAAUACGUUGGUCUUUUAUUAAUGUAUAUAAGCUGGAGUGAUAGAAAGGAAAGAAGAGCAAAAGCAUGGGUCUUUUACUGACACUUACAAUGGAGAUUUUUUUUUUCAGUUGUGUACUACAUGGUAUAAACUUUGAGUAUCUGUGCACAAUACAUAUGGUACACAAAGCAAAGUGUUUAGAACUGCAAUUCUAUUACUUGUAUGCAAUCAAAGAAAUAGUUGUGUUUAUUUGUUGUAUAUAUGCAAAUGGAAGCCAUAUUAUGUCAUAUCGAUAAAAAAAAAGUAUCUUGUCGAAUGAUCAAGCCAUCCUUUUU